UUUACAAGACCGCCCUACUACUCAUAGAGUUCUUGCUAAAUCCUUUUUGUCUGUAAGAAGGGAUUUUGAUCAAAUAACUAUGCAGAGAAAUAGUUUUGCAUUAAAGAUAUGUGUUGCUUACUCUAAAUGUGGUUUGGUGUGAAAAACGGUAAAAAACCAUCUUUGUGUUAAGUAAUAAAUUAACAUGCGCUCAGUUUGUUUUGUUGUUCUGGGAAAAACAAUUGUAAACAAAAAUCUUGGUUUUUGUUAUUAUCAAUGUGUCAUUCUGCAGUGACAUGCAGGUGUUAUUUAUGUUAUCCAUAUCUCAAGAGGUAUGUAAACCCAACGUGUUGAGUCAUGAAAGUCCCCACAUAUAAGUAAGAACAGGAAAAACACUAAAGAUGAGAGGUGGGAGGUUUACUUUCCGCGUAGUUUCAUUACCAUAGCCAUUUCUUGGUACUGAACAAACACUCCCAUUGAAUAUACAGAAAACAGUGGUGCUAACUUGCAUCAACACAGCAGCUCUUCAAGGAAACUUUGUGAUCUCAUUAGCAGAGGUGGAUCAAUUUUCAACAGCAAAAAUGUUGGAUUAUGAAGUAACUGUGUACACUGCUAAUCGCGCAGUUGCCACCACUCUCAACAAUGUCUACAUUAAGCUGGUUGGCACAAAAGGGGAAAAUGAACGCAAGCUGCUGUUGAGCUUGAAAGGAGCUUCAGCAUUUGUCAGAGGAGCUGUGGCAUCUUUUACAGUUUCCUCCCCCAAGUCCCUUGGAAAACUGGUGCUGGUAGAGCUUGACAAACAGCCUCUUUUGCUGUUCCCAGAAGAUUCUUGGUUCCCAGCCAAAGUUGAAGUCAAAUCCCCAGAGGGAGACAUUUACAACUUCCCCAUCUACCGCUGGAUCACUGACAGCAAGGUGCACCGCUUCAGAGAAGGAACAGCCUUGAAAGGGUUCGAAGAUAAUCAUCAUCUUGGCAGGGACAGCCGGGAACAAGAGCUCAAGCAGCGUCAGAAAGACUAUGGCUGGGAUGUGUAUGUGGAAGGAAUUCCUCACUGCAUAAAAGUAGAUGGCCCAUUAUCUCUACCUGCUGAAGUCAGAUUCUCCUUUACCAAGCAGACUGAAUUUCUGUUCACAGCAAACACAGGGCUGGCAGAGCUGAAACUGAAGGGGCUGGCUGAUAAAAAAACUAAUUGGACGAACAUUGAUGAUAUCAGCAGAGUUUUUUGCUGCAAACAGACUGAUAUAUCUGACUAUGUCCAACAACACUGGAAGGAAGAUGCAUUUUUUGGUUACCAGUUUCUAAACGGGAUUAAUCCCAUGCUGAUUCGCCGCUGCACCAUCCUGCCUGGCAACUUUCCUGUUACUGACAAAAUGGUUUUCCCUGAUGGUUGUUGCAGCUUGGCAGAAGAAAUUAAGAAAGGCAACAUAUUCCUUUGUGACUACAAGCAAAUGGAUGGAGUGAAAGCAAACACCAUCAAUGACGAGAAGCAGUACCUGAUGGCUCCACUUGUCUUGCUCCACAAAGCUCCAGAUGAUAAACUCAUGCCAAUUGCUAUUCAGCUGAAGCAGAAACCAGCAGAGGACAAUCCAAUCUUCUUGCCAUCUGAUUCCAAGUACGACUGGCUGAUGGCAAAGAUUUUUGUCAGAAGUGCAGAUUUCAGUGAGCAUCAGCUCAACGUUCACCUGCUGCGCACUCACCUGCUGGCUGAGGUCUUUGCAGUGUCACUGUUGAGCAACAUGCCCAUGGUGCAUCCUCUCUACAAGCUUCUCAUACCUCACACUCGCUACACUCUGCAGAUCAACUUCUUAGCUCGGAAAAGACUCAUAUCUGAGGAGGGUGUUUUCACCAAAUUUUCAGCUUCUGGAGGAGAGGGUAUGAUGACAAUUCUAAGGAGAUCGCUGUCCUCCGUAACAUACAGCUCCCUCUGUGUGCCUGAAGACAUUGCUGAGCGUGGCCUGAAGGACGUACCAAACUUCUACUACAGAGAUGAUGCACUCAGAGUGUGGGAUACUAUCAACAGAUUUGUGCGGGGUAUCCUGAGCUACUACUACAAGACUAAUGCUGAAGUUCAGCAAGACUCCGAACUUCAAAAGUGGAUUUUGGACAUUUAUGAACAUGGAUUCCUUUCCCAGCCUCGCUCAGGAAUCCCACAGAAACUUACCACCGUGGAUGAGCUCAUCAAGUUUGUCACCAUGGUGAUCUUCACCGGGUCAGGCCAGCAUGCUGCUGUGAACAGUGGACAGUUUGACUUUGGUAGCUGGAUGCCAAACACUCCAAUCUCCCUGCAACUGCCACCUCCAACCAAAAAGGGGGAAGCGACUGAAAAAACAAUGCUGAAAACACUGCCAGAUGUCAACACCACUGUUCAGGGGAUGGCCACUCUGUGGCUGCUCAGCCAGAAGUCCAGUGACUUUGUACCUCUUGGUCAGUACCCCGAGAACCACUUCAGUGAGGAGACUCCACGGCAGAUGAUAGAGAACUUUCAAAAGGAGUUGGCAGCAUUGAGUGCAGCAAUCAAAGAGAGAAACAAGAGUCUGGAAGUGCCGUACAUAUACUUGGAUCCAGAGGAGGUAGAAAACAGUGUGGCUAUUUAGGAAAGUAAGAGAAGUUUCCUCUCAGUUUUCUUAGUUAAUAAUAAUCCCACACUGAUGUGCUUCAUUUUAUUUUGGGGGUGUGGGAGGACAUGAUAAUUAUUUUCAAUUUUAUUUCAGUUUAAAUGUGUAAUGCAGAUUUGAGUGCAAUGCUAUUAUUUGGGAUGCAUGCAGGGAUAUAUGGAGUCAGACGAAUGAGUGCACCGACCCUAUGGAGUUUGUAUUUUCUUUUUUAUACAUAUGGUAAUGGAAUAAUAUUCUGCACCAAAGAGAAUAUCUAACAUUGUGUUUUGGAGACAUGUCUUGCAUAAGAGAUAUGUUUGCAACAGAAAACAAAUCUUCCGGGUUUAUGAUCAAGUACUAAAAUGAAAGUAUCAACAUUUUAGAAAAUGAGUUUCUCUAAUUUGUUGCUUAAAAAUAUCUGUGUAAGAAUCUUUGGCAAAGUGCAAAUAAAAAUGCUUUUAAGCAGAAAACAAUUA